CAUCUGGGGGCACACCUGGGUUUGGGGUCAUGUUCUGGGUGCUCUGUGGGGGUGAGAUCAGAGGUCUGAGAGGACAGAGGGGUCAGAGGUCAUCAGGGUCAGAGGACAGUGAUCGGUGGGGUCAGAGGUCAGUGGGGUCAAUGGGCAAUGGGGUCAGCAGGGUCAGAGGUCAGGGGUCACCAUCCCCCCCCGCAGAUGCUGUUGACCGCCGUGUUCCUGAGCGCUGUGGCCACCAACAGGCUGGACCCCGGGAACCUGUGGCCAUGCCCCCCGGAGACAGGGCAAGGGGCGGGGCCAGAGCCAGAAGAAGGUGGGGCCGGCGCCUCCUUCGGGGCCCUGCUGGGGCUGAGCCUCCCCUCGGCCUCAGGGGUGCUGUGGGGGUGCAGCCACUGCGCUGAGCUCAGGGACAUCGCUCGCUCGGUCCUGGCCGGGAGCCUCGGGGCCGCCACGGCCACGGCCCUGGGCUACCUGAGCGCGGCGCUGCUGCUGGGUGCCGGCGUGGAGGGGCAGCUGCUGUGGGACAAGUUCGGAGCCGCCCUGGGCGGUUCUCGGUUCUCGAUGCCGCCGCCUGGCCCGGAGCCGCGCGCUGCCGCUGCCGCGUGCGCUGUCCCGGGGCCGGCUCUGGCUGCUGGUGGCCACGGUGACAACGGCGGCUCUGGGGGUGCUGCUGGGCUCGCUGGACCUGCUGGCCCCGGUGCUGUCCCUGUGCGUGUCCCCUCCCGGUGACCUCCAGGUGACCUCACGCCCCUCAGGCUGUGCCUGACCUCCUACCUGGGGCUGAAUUUGGCCUGCGCCCUGCAGGGGCUGCUGCCCACGCCCGGCUGGAGCCCGCACUGCCCGCUGUACCACUGGUCAGUGAGUGACCCCUGAGUGACCCCUGUGACCCCUGAGUGACCCCUGACCUCCCAGUGUCCCAGUGUCCCUGACUGUCACUGUCCCUGUGUCACUGCCCCAGCCCACGCCCGGCUGGAGCCCGUGCUGCCCGCUCUAUCACUGGUCAGUGAGUGACCCCUGAGUGACCCUGAGUGACCCCUGAGUGACCCUGAGCGACCCCGAGUGACCACUGAGUGACCCCUUAGUGACCAAUGAGUGACCCCUUAGUGACCAAUGAGUGACCACUGACCAAUGAGUGACCCGAGUGACCCCUGAGUGAUCCUGAGUGACCCCAAGUGACAAAUGAAUGACCCUGAGUGACCCCCGAGUGACCCCCUGAGUGACCCCCUGAGUGACCACUGAGUGACCACUGAGUGACCACUGAGUAACCCUGAGUGACCCUGAGUGACCCCCGAGUGACCCCCUGAGUGACCACUGAGUGGUCAUUUAGAGCAACAAAAUUUUCUUAGAGUGAAAACCAAAGUGAUAAGGGGAAAAAAAACCAAAAAGUGAGAACAAAAAUUAUGCCUGUAAAGCACUGGUAUUGCUUGUUGUAAGGUUUGUACUCUACUGUCACUGCUUCUCAUCUGAGCAGCCAAAACCUGGUGGUAGAUCCUGGCAAGUAAGAGGACAAUUGACAGAUCAGGUGUUUCUUUAAUAAAACUAAAUAAUAGUUUA